AUGGCCGAUUUCACCACCGACGAUAAGCAUAGGAACCAGAGGAAGAUCAUGGGCCCGGCCUUUGGCCAAGGGGCAGUCAAGGAGAUGUUUCCAGUCUUCUACGAUGUCUCUUAUGCGCUCAAAGACAAACUACGCGACCUCAUCUCCAGCCAAAGCAGGAUCGUCACCUCCCCUUCCCCGAUCAAGCCUUCUGAACUUGUCGCCGGUGGCGCCAAGAUCGACGUGUUGAAAUAUCUCACUUUGGCUGCCUUCGACAUUAUCGGCAUAUCUGGGUUUGGAUUUGCUUUCAACUCUUUGUCUGAGGAGAAGAAUAUGAUGGUAGAUUUGGCGGAAGCGUUCCUUCAGAGUGAAUCAGAGCUGGGGGUGCAGUACAUCCUCAAACAGUACUUUCCCUUCACCCUCUUGGUGAGGUGGUAA